AUGGACUAUGCAACUGCUCAGUCAAAAGACUUUUCCUACUCAUUUUUCUUGACGAAAGACAUUGAUUUGUUAUUACCUGUUAAAAUAGCGACUAUUGAGGGAUCUCGCGAAAAGAAACCGUUUACAGAGUUGCUUGAGAAUCCUGCUCUUAAAUUUACUGGACUUCAAACUAGUGAUUACUCGGAUAUAUAUGUAACAUGUCAGAUUUUCGCUGAGAAUAAACCAUUAACUGUGCCGAUACAAACUUCUUACAAAUCUUUCGAAAAUAGAUGGGCAUGGAAUGAAUGGCUAGUGCUUCCAAUUAAAUUUCGUGAUCUCCCAGUCACCGCACAGAUGGCACUCACUGUCUGGGACAUCCAAGGUCCACGAAAAGUAGAUCCCAUCGGCGGCACCACAUUUCGUCUGUUUGGAAAGAAUAAUUCUUUGAAAGAAGGUAAACACAAGUUAUAUCUAUGGCCAGACCAGGAAGCUGAUGGAUCUGUACAUACGACAACGCCAAGUAAAAUUUUUGAUCGAGGGGAAAUGGAUCGCUUGGAAAAGCUUAUAAAGCGAUAUGACAAAAAUGAUAUAGACAGGCUCGAAUGGCUAGACAAUUUAGCUUUUCGUCAAAUAGAAAAAAUAAAUCAGCGAGAAUCAGCAAAAUCAAAAAAACUGUAUCUUUACAUAAUACUGCCAAAAUUCGAAGAUUUUCCAGCAAUUUUCAGCGAACCGGAAUACGAACUAUCAGUUGCCCCUCCUUUAUCCACUACUACAGUCCCAAAUCAACUUGUUCCUUCAACCAUAAUUGAUUCUAGCAUGAAUAUUAUUGUUGAUCCGGAAAUCACUCAUGAAAACCCCGUUGAAGCCAAGCAUAGACGUUUAGUCAGAAGUCAUCGUAAUGGGCCUCUGGAUCGAGAUCUUAAACCUAACGCGAAAAUUCGAGAUGAAUUAAAUCAAAUCUUAAAAUAUCCUCCUACUCAAUCUUUGAAAGCCGAGGAAAAAGAUCUGCUUUGGAAGUUCAGAUUUUAUUUAACACGUGAUAAAAAAGCACUCACUAAAUUUUUGAAAUGUGUUCUGUGGACUGAUCCCACCGAAGCAAAACAAGCAGUCGAUCUUUUAUCACAAUGGGCUGAUAUUGACGUAGAUGACGCUUUAGAACUAUUAGGUGCCAAUUUUAUAAAUCGUGCGGUUAGAAGAUACGCAGUUCGACAACUUCAAAAGGCUGAUGAUGAUGAACUUCUGUUAUAUCUCUUGCAACUUGUACAAGCAUUCAAAUUUGAAAAUAUCAGUGAAAAAUCAAGUUCAACGAAUGAAUCCAGUUUGGUUUCAUUUUUAAUCGAUCGAGCUAUAAAGAAUCCUAUACUGGGAAAUAAUUUUCAUUGGUAUCUUAUGGUCGAAUGCGAAGAUAAGCUUUUUGGGAAAAGGUACGCGAAAGUUGCCUUUCAAUACAUGACUGCUAUGGAAAAGAGUCCUUCAGGAAAACAGCGUCGUGAAAUACUGAAACGACAAGGGUACCUCAUUGAAACAUUAUCAAAAAUCUCAAAAAGUAUUUAUGAUUUGAAAGAUACUAGACCUAAAAAGAUUGAAAUGCUUAGAGCUUCGAUAGCAGAUCCCAAAAAUGGACUUUUAUCUUUCCCACCUUUACCGUUGCCAUUAGAUGCGGGCGUCCAGGUUACGGGUAUAAUUCAAGAAAAAUGCACCGUAUUCAAAAGCAGCUUACUUCCUUUAAGUCUUGUCUUUAAUUGUGUGGAUAACACGGAGUAUCCCAUAAUCUUCAAAACAGGCGAUGACCUUCGUCAAGACCAACUUGUCAUUCAAAUUAUCACGCUUAUGGACAAGCUGUUACGUAAAGAAAAUUUGGAUCUUAAGUUGAAACCUUACAAAGUAUUAGCAACAAGUUCAGAUCACGGCUUGAUGCAGUUUAUACCUUCUUCCUCACUGGCAAAUAUUUUGAGUGAAUACAAUGGAAGUCUCUUGCUAUAUCUCAAAGCUCAUCAUCCGGACGAAAAGGCACUAGCGACUUAUGGCGUGAAUCCGGAAGUAAUGGAUACUUAUGUGAAAAGCUCUGGUUACUGCGUCAUAACUUAUCUUUUGGGAGUUGGAGAUCGUCAUUUAGAUAAUUUGUUGCUUUCUCCUGAGGGCCAUGUUUUCCACGUUGACUUUGGAUUUAUUCUUGGACGUGAUCCAAAACCAUUCCCCCCUCCUAUGAAGCUCUGUAAAGAAAUGGUAGAAGCAAUGGGCGGUGCAAAUUCAAGCCACUAUCAACGUUUCAAAAGCUUUUGUUAUGUAGCAUUCAAUAUUCUAAGAAAAAAUGCAAACUUAAUUCUAAAUCUUUUCGCAUUGAUGGUUCAUGCUAAUAUUCCGGAUAUUAAGAUUGAGCCUGAUAAAGCUGUUUGGAAGGUUCAAGAAAAAUUUCGCUUGGAUCUUACGGAAGAAGAGGCGAUUAAGUUUUUCCAGAAUUUAAUAAAUGAUUCCGUUAGUGCACUCUUUCCACAAGUUAUUGAAACUAUCCAUAAGUGGGGUCAAUAUUGGCGUAAAUGA